CUGUUUCUUACUUGGCCGGUUGAAAAGCAGCAGGCUGACUAGUUUGUUUUUCUUGUCUGUCAGAUCCCUGUGGCCGUUGGAGUGAGUUGAUAUGAGGCUGUUAAUCUGUACAAAGGGCGGAGAGUGAUUGCAUCCAAGGGAGAGGGAGGCACAAAUUUGGGAGUGCAUCAGCUGGUUCUUUAUUGUGCCUGCGGCAUUGUAGCUGGUGUGGUUGGUGGGUUGCCUGGUCUUGGUGGUGGCUUCAUUCUUGGUCCACUUUUUCUGGAGCUGGGAAUCCCCCCUCAGGUGUCGAGUGCCACGGCCACAUUUGCCAUGACAUUUUCUUCAUCCAUGUCUGUCGUAGAAUAUUAUCUUCUAAAAAGCUUCCCAGUUCCUUAUGCACUCUACUUUUUAGGUGUGGCAACCAUUGCUGCUCUUGUAGGACAACAUGUCGUAACAAAGGUGAUUGCCAUAUUAGGGAGAGCAUCGCUGAUCAUCUUUAUCCUCGUGGGUACAAUAUUUGUGAGUACGAUAUCAUUAGGUGAGUGCGUCCUUGCGGGAACAAUAUUUGUGAGUACGAUAUCAUUAGGGGGGAUCGGCAUUGCACACAUGGUUGAAAAGAUUAAGCACAAGGAGGACUUGGGAUUUGAAAGCCUUUGUAGAUAUCAUGCUUAGUCAUUGAAGUGUUUUUUCCAUAUCAAUCUUUCUGGCAUCGAGAUAUUCUCCUUAGCUCUCAACUUCUCAUACUUAGGAAUUAAUUAGAUUCUUUCAUCCCUGACAUUUGUGAUUUUACUAGCUAGGUCUUUGGAGUACAAUCUUGAAUUUAAGCUCCAUUUACUUGAGAAAUGCUUCUUUGCAUUAUGGUGUUCAUAUUGAGUACGUUUUCGCUGAGUUGACAGGAUUCCUCCACCCUUAAUUAAAAAAAUAAAAAAAUAAAAUUUGUGGAUGAAGCAUGCCAACUCAAUGGAAAUGUACACAAGAUGGACUCUAGAAUGCAAAGAUGCAUCUCUCUUUUUAACUAUCACCUAGUAGUCAAAUAGACGGUACUAAAAUUAGUCUUCUUGUACCACAUGCAUGUAACGCCAUGAUCCCACAACGGGUACACAAUGUAUAUAUAUCUCUUUAUGAUCCCUUCAUAAGUAUCUGUCUUUAAGAAUUUCAAUC